AUGCCAGAAUUUUCACACCACCUAAGAGCCACAUUUGAACCUAGUGAGACUAAAUUGUUGACAUCAACACCCACCAGCAAAUUAUUGACCGACUCGCCGGUUUUAGCAACUGCACUAUCACAGAUCUUUCCUUACAUUCUAUUAAUAGAUGGUGUGCUAGAGACAAUAACAUGGACCAAUGAGGAUCACUACCGCAACUUUUUGAUAUUGGCUGUCUAUUCGUGUGUUGUGAUGUAUUGGAAUAUGGUUAGCCACGUUGUGCUUCCCAUUAUUUUGGCAUUGACGUUUGCCAGUAUAGUGUGGCUGAUCAGCUCAAUUGUCUAUGAUUCAAAGUAUGAUGAAAAGCCUACAAUCGAAGAGGUAUUGUAUACGUUGCAUAAUAUCACAAUACGAUUUGAAAUGGUUUUUAGGCCAAUCAAAAAAUUUCCCUUCACGGUUACAAAUUAUACGAGGUUAUUCGUCGUCACACUCUUGUUGUCACCAGUAUAUUGGUUUUUGGUAAAGACAAUAAUACCUCCUCAAAAAUUCUUGUGGUAUUCGGGCUUAUUUGCCUUAACAUUCCAUAGCCCUCAUGCGUAUGCCAUCAGACAGUUGCUUUGGAGAUCAAUAUACCUUAGACUUGUCGUUGUAUACAUCACUGGCUUGGAUGUAAAAGUGACCAAAAAAUACGAUCCAAGCGAUUACCAAGAAGUUUCAAGGGUUCAAACACCUGCAACGAGUGACAUCGAAGACAAGAGUGUUGCAGCACCUACAUUGUCUAAUUUCAAAAUCUUGAAAAAAAAGAUGGUUUCCCCAACUCAAUUGAAACAGACUGUUGUGUUUGAGAUUUUGGAAAAUGAAAGACGAUGGCUCGGUUUGGGGUGGUCAUCGUUGCUUUACCCCAGUGAGAGGUCUAAUUUCUGCUACGAAAAAACACUGCAACCGGCACCUCCAAUCACCGUUCACAAGGAAAACUUUCCUUUUCCUAUUUUUGAAAAUGACAUAUAUUCAUACCAAUGGGAAUGGAUAGAAGACGACUGGAAGUUGGACAAUGAGUUUAACAAAUCUAAAUCAAAAGAUGGUUGGGUGUAUUACGACUCAAAGUGGGAACAUCCUCGAUACAGAGAUGGAUUCAGUAAGUUCACGAGGUCGAGAAAAUGGACCAGGACUGCAACCUUGAUGAUUGAUAAGCAAAGCACUGUUUAUGAUGAGUGA